AUGGCCGCCGCCUCCAUCGCCGCCAGUCUGGCCCAGCUGAUUGGACUAGGCGAGUCUUUCUACCCGCCUUUCUCCGCAGCGUACCGUGUGCAGCUCCGCACGUGACGUCGCUCACCCCAGCUCUCUGGCAUCGCUGACGUCGUCGUCCACCCCACCACGUUCAAACUGGAUCAAACUUGUUCGUUACCUCCACAGACGAGCCGACCGUCGCACAGCAGAUCCUACCGUACAUCACCUCGAUCAAGACAGCUCAGCAAGUCAGCAACUAUCUCGAGGUACGUCCCGUCUCUUUCUGCAUCCUUUCAUCCCGAGCUGACCUCCAUCGCCCCCUCCAUCCCCCUCCAGACCCUCUUACCGCCCGGCCAAGCUUCACGCGCCUUGAUCCAAGCCUACCUCGCCCAGAGGUUCCCCCCUGCACGUGCUGCUUCCCGACCUCAGCCUCCCCGAUCGUCAUCAACCGCAACCAAAGCAGACCCCUGGGGCACGGCCAAACCAACUCCCGCCUCUCGCACGACCGCUGCAGCACCCACUCGUGCACCCAAUGCGGCAGCGAUGCAAAGUCAAUUCGCAUCGACCGGAAAAGUCUACGUCAAGAACCGCGAUGAUCCCGAUCAGGGUAGAUGGGGUGGCGGAGGCACUGCUUCUUCGUCGAGAGCAAAUUCCUCCAGUCGAGCGCGAUCGGGCACGACCACACCUAUUCCGCCACCUAUGGCGCCAUCGUCAUUCUCAUCUUCGGCGGCAACACGAUCUAGCGAUCCUCCCGUCCACCACCACAUCAAUGACAUGUCCUCCCUACCAACGCCCCAAAGCAUUUCCCUCUCCGAAACCGGUCGAUCCCAACUCGCAACCCUCGACACCUCCCUCAAAUCACUCCGGCUCCGGCUCCGGCCCUCCCCUUCCUCUUCCUCUUCCCCCUCCAAGAGAGCCUGCUUUUGUUCCGCGCGUUACCACCCCCUUUCCCCUUACUCACCCCUCUGUCCAAGCUGCGGCCUGGUCCUCUGUUCCUUGAAUCCACCUUCUUUCCCCUGUCCUUCAUGCCAACACCCCCACCUCAUCUCCGCACCUUUGCUCGAAUCCCACAUCAACACAUUGGAAACGCAACGUUCUGAGGUGUUGGAAAGGGAACGUAGAAGGACCGAAGCGGAGAAGGAACAAGAAGCCCUCGAACGAGCGGCGAUUCGGUUCCCUGAAUUGGGAGGGGGGGAUCGUGCGCACGUCGCUCAGGGAGCAGGGUCAGGUCGUAUGGGAUACGCUGAUUUGGUGGGAGGAGGCAGGGCAGGGGCGUUGGAUAUCCAAGCGAGGAUCGAAAGGGGCUAUGCGCAGGGACGGACGGCCGGUGGGAGGGAGUUUGGUGGCGGUGGUGCGGGAGGGGGAGGGAGAGGUGCACCGCAAAGGGUGUUGAGGUUGGAUAUGAAGACGAGUAAAGUAAAGGUGCAGACCAAGACCAAGGUCAUCAAGAAGAGUGAACCGAAAUUGGAUCGAGAGAAGGCCGAUUAUCUCGAGAAAGAGGAGGAAGUGGAUGAAUGGGAAGGCUCGAGGUGGAUCGAUGAAUCAGAUGAUGGGUGGCGUCUCAGGAAUGGACUCUUAUCACUCGACGACACGACGACCACGCAAGCCGAUCGGGACGCUACAAGACCUUUCCUCAACCUAACUUUGGACGAAAAAGACCAACCCCUCUGGAUCGAACCAUUGACGAUCGAUUCCGAACCUCUUCCUUCCACAAUCGGAGUGGACAUCGAUCUUGAAGCCAACACGGGGAGGAGGAAUGUUCCUGGUGCUGCACCUAGUAAAGUUUUGGAGGGGAAGAAGAACAAGAGGAGUAGGAGGGCCAAGACCGAAGAAGCGACUUCUUCCUCUGCCGUAGGUGCGUAG